AUGAGUCCAACUGACGGCCCGACAGCUUCUCAAGAUGAAGGGAGCUGGUCUGUGGGAUGCGUGUUAAGAUACAAGGAUGGGCGAGAACGGAACGGGUUAUGGGUUGCUCCACAAACUUUACGGGAAGAAGAGGGUUUGAUAGAGCUCCCAGGUAGCUUGGUCAACGGGAGGGAGCGAGAUGGGAGCGAGAUCGUGAACCUGACAGUCGAGAAUCGUGCGAAGCCCGGGCCAUUCACAGUCUCCCAGAUGGCGGAUGAGCUGUCGAUUGAGCGGAGAGCUCACCAACUCGCCCGCUGCGCCGCCGUGACGCCGUGGCGCCUGGGGCUUGCUGUAAAAUUACAACGGCCAGCGAACCGCUCAACGGUCCUAGCGAGCCAUUGUCCAGUCAGGCUGCGUAUCAUUGGAAAUUUUGGUAAUCGUGGGGAAGCUACCGCGCUAGCGCCAGCUGACUAA